CUGCACAACUGGAGGCACGGUCCUCCCAACCACGACCAUUUUUGGGGGCCCGAUGGGCCUGACGUGGAUCCACCUUUUCCGGGGAGCCCCGGCAUCAAAAGCUCUGAGCAAUGUCCGAUGGGCUCGGGAUCUUCUCUUGCAGAAAUUGGCUCUCUGGUUCUCUCUACUGCUCACCCUCUGAGCAAAUCAAAGCUUUCCCACUUGGGUUAUUGCAGGUGGCGUGAGGAGGGAAUGCCCAUUGGAGUCUGUCAACCGCCGGAUAAGCCUGCCAGACCUCCAUUACCCAUUCUAGUUAGUGAAUUUAUACUCCUAUUUAGUUCUCUAAUCUUCCACUUUAGCUGUAUCAAAUGAAUUUUUUAUACUUAUCCUAUUUUAUUUUGACUCAUUUUCAGUUUAGUUAAGUUCAUAUCAUCAUGCUUUCUGUUAAGUUAUACUCAACUAACAUUUGGUUAAAUAUGAUUAAGUUAAAUUUAGUUCACCAAAAAAUGGACUCCAAAUUAUUGAGAAUUAUCAAAAUGCCCCUUAAGAGAUUAUUGUCAUUGUUGUCAUCAAUAAAGAACAAGCUCGUAUUAUGUUUUUUUUGUUACUUUACCCUCAUUCAUAAAAUUUGAGGUGUUUAGGACUUUAGGAAAGUGGACAAGUAAAUUCAGAGUGAAUAUAUUGUUUGUUUUCAUUUUUGCGAUGUAUUAUAAUGAUGAUUGAAGGCAAGAGGGAAAUUUAUGCAGCAUUUGAUUUUUACUUAAUCCAGCUUUCACCAAAAGAAAUCCCAUCUCACAAACAAUUGGGGUUACCCCUUAAUGCCUAUAUGCUUCAUAAUCUUGCUCAUGUGGAAUUAAAUUCCAUUGAUUUGGCAUGGGACACUGUUGUUCGAUUUUCACCAUAUCUUGAGCUCCUUGGUGAGGGAUUCUUUGCUGAUUUUGCUCAUGUGGCUGAUGACGAGAGCCGCCAUUUCGCUUGGUGUUCUCAGAGAUUGGCUGAGCUAGGGUUCAAAUAUGGUGACAUGCCUGCUCACAAUCUGCUUUGGAGAGAAUGUGACAAGACAUCUUGUGACAUUGCUGCACGCCUGGCUGCUAUCCCACUAGUCCAGGAGGCUAGAGGUCUAGAUGCUGGUCCCCGACUUGUGCAAAAAUUAAUUGGCUUUGGAGAUCACAGGACUGCAGACAUCGUGGCCCGAAUUGCAGCUGAAGAAGUAGCACAUGUCGCAGUUGGUGUAUCCUGGUUUUCUUCUGUUUGUCAGAAGAUGAAUCACCCACCUUGCAAUACUUUUAAAGAUUUGUUGAAGGAGUAUGAUGUGGAGCUGAAGGGACCAUUCAACUAUACAGCCAGAGAUGAAGCUGGGAUCCCAAGGGAAUGGUAUGCUUCUUUAUCCUUCAAGAAAGAAGAAGAUCAAACACCUCUUUCUCAGGUGUAUGAUAGACUGGCUUGCAUAGUUUCUAUGGAAAAGGAGAACUCUAACAUGCAGAGUUGAUUCCAACCAAUCUCCAAGAAGAAAGUUACUGGUACAUUUCUUUGAGGUGAUAAUUUGAACUCCAAAGUGGUUAGUCUGCUGACAUUUGAUUCUAAUAGAUUAGACAUUUUUGUCAAAAUCAUUAACUCUUGUUUUUAAUAAUGUAAAACUUACUAG